AUGCCGACAUCUUGCACGAUAACUGGGCCUGAAGGGGCGAUCAACUUCUUGAUUCAUUUUGUCACCCAGGCUACGCUCAACGAUAACGCGGGACUUGCUCACCACUCGGUUUGCUUCCAGCAUCUGCUCAGCUACCAGGUCAUCAGCGACGGCGUUCAUACUUUCGAGUCUGGCAAAUACGGCCAGAGGUCCAUCCCGUUCGGCAACGCCGCUUAUCAGACUUUCGCUGCCACCACCACGACUUGGUUCCAGAAGCCCUACCAACACCUUCUACUUUAUAUCAAGGUCGAUUCCUUAGGCGACAAUAUCCUCCAUUACGUCGAAAAACAAUUCCCCAUUAUUAAAAAGCCUACCCAGGUGCUGUACAACGACACUAAGGACCUUAUCUCCCUAUCAUACCACAAAGGCCUGGAGGGUAGAGACCACGUUCCUAAGGUUUAUGACUCUGAGUAUAAGAAGAACAAGCAAGUAGGCCUUGUCGCCCACGGAAAGGCUGCAGUUACCACCGUUCUCGGUGUCAGCAAUGAGGCCCUCUCUUGGCUCAGUCGCCUGUUGCACCCGAAGAAGGCCGAGGCAACCAAUACCGUCAACUAA